ACCGUCACCACGAGCAUGUCUACUCCGGCCGGCGAGGCGGCCGGCGCAGGGACGCCGGAAGCAGCGGCGCCAUUCUCCGCCGACUGGAAGGAGCGGAUCUUGGUCCCCGUCGCGGCCGCUGGUGUUGUCGGAGCUGGGUUCGGGCUUCUCUCGCGGCACAGGGCGCGCCUCGGCGCCUUCCGCGCUGCUGCCACCUAUGCGGCCAACCUCUCCAUCGUCGCGGGAUGCUACGGAGGGGCACGUGAACUUGCAAGAGAUGCUCGAGCUACAACAACUGAUGAUCUCAUGAAUUCUGUUGUUGGUGGGCUAGCAAGUGGAGCUGUUCUUGGCCGAAUACAAGGUGGCCACUUUGGAGCGGUGAAAUAUGCAGUCACCCUAGCUGUUGCUGGUACUGCAAUGGACUAUGCUGCAAUGAAGCUAAACCCUCAAUGGCGUGAUUGGAAAGAGCAUUUAUCGGCAAGUAUGAAAGAAUGGUUUAUUGUACCCGACUGGUCACCUAUCCAAGUGCUGGAUGAGGAGGCGUUGGCGAAGAAACGAGAGCGAGAAGAGAUGGUGUUUGGUCAGCGAGAACGAUUACGAGCACUCAGUAAACUCAAAGAGGAAGAACCUUAGCUGCCGUGCUUCGGAGAACUGCAUAGUUGAUAUAGGUUUGAUGGCUUUGUCAGGGCGUUGUAUGUCUCCCCAUCCAUAGUGUCAGAAACGUCACAGAGUUGUAGCUCUCUUUCUACCCUGAGCUUUGUAAAAUGUUCAUGGAAAACCAUGUAGUACUGGAGUGUUUAAAAUAUCUGCGUUGGUGCUUAUAGUACUGCUCCUGUCUGUAAAACGCCAAUGACUCUUUGUGGGCCUCCCUGGAAGAAAUAAGUUUUGGAGAAUCUAAUCGAAAGUAGAAGUUCGGACAGGAGAUUUUUGGAUUGAUUAAGAUGAAUUUUAUUUUGGAGGAAUGCUAGCAAGAGUUAUAAUCUUGUGUUACAAA